AUGUGGUCAUUUUUUGGCGGUGCUUCGGCACAGAAGAAGAAAGAUAUCCCUAAAAAUGCGAUCCUCAGUCUCAGGGAGCAGCUUGAAAUGCUGCAAAAGCGAGAGAAGCACUUGCAAAACCAGAUGGAUGAACAGGAUGCCAUAGCUAGGAAGAACGUCACGACAAAUAAGAAUGCUGCCAAGUCUGCUCUGAGGCGAAAGAAGCUUCAUGAACGGUCACUUGAGCAAACGAGUGCUCAGAUUCUACAGCUCGAGCAGCACGUAUACUCCAUCGAAUCUGCAAAUAUCAACCAGGAAACAUUUAAUGCUAUGAAGGCUGCCAAGGCUGCCAUGGAACAAAUACACAGUGGACUCAACAUAGAAGUCGUUGAUGAGACAAUGGGUCAACUGCAAGAGCAACAUGACCUCAGUAACGAGAUCGUCAACGCCAUUACCAACGCUCCUAUCGGCGAACCCCUUGAUGAGGCUGAUCUCGAAGCGGAACUGGAGGGCAUGGAACAGGAACAUAUUGACAAUAAGAUGAUAGGAACUGGAACGGUACCUGUUGGGGAUAGAAUUGAUAGGCUACCUUCUGUAGCAAACGGAGCCAUCAAAGAGAAGCCCAAGGCCAAGGAAGAGGAUGACGAGGAGGCCGAACUAGAGAAAUUAAGAGCCGAGAUGGCCAUGUGA